AGAAGCUUCCUGGUGUUCAGUUUAAACAGUCACCGAGCAGGAAGCGGCUGUCCGGUGAUUUCUGACCGUUUUACGCACCGGAGCCAUGAACCGGAUCAUCCCGGGAGUUCAGCCCGAAGCCCGGAGAGGGAGAGCGGAGUGACACCGGAACCAGGCUGCUGUCGGUCACAAUCAAUAGCUGCAUCGAUCCUAGUGAUCCGCUGAUCGGUCUGCACCGGGAGAAGCACCGGAGCCGGUUCGAGUGGAGCCGAAGCGCAGCGGAGACACCGGGACCAUGAUCAGGAUCUUCCCGGAUUUUAGCGUCCAGGUGACGGCCUCGGCGGCCGGAGGAGCCGCGGCCGGAGGCGGAGGCGGCGGCGGCGGCGGCGGAGGGAUGGUGGCGGGACCCCCGGUGGGUCGGGUCCCGGUGCCGGUACCGGGAGCCACGAACGGCACCGGACAGAGCGUGCAGGGAAUCAGCGCCUACCAGCAGAGGCUGCAGGCUCUGAGGAAGGAGAAGUCUCGGGAUGCAGCGAGGUCGCGGCGGGGAAAAGAGAACUUUGAGUUUUAUGAACUGGCCAAGAUGCUGCCGCUGCCAGGCGCCAUCACCAGCCAGCUGGACAAAGCCUCCAUCAUCCGUCUCACCAUCAGCUACCUGAAGAUGAGGGACUUCGCCAACCAGGGAGACCCGCCGUGGAACCUUCGCAUGGAGGGACCGCCGCCCAACACCUCCGUCAAAGGUAGGAACCAAAUACAGUCACUGGUUUACCUCCACAGAGAACCUUUUAGGAGGUUUGUUCCUCGUUAG